AUGGACGACGCCAGGUCCCCAUCCUCACCGCCGCUGCAUGUCGUGAUCUGCCCAUGGCUCGCCUUCGGCCACAUCCUCCCGUACCUGGAGCUCGCCGAGCGCCUGGCGUCACGUGGGCCACCGCGUGUCCUUCCUCUCCACGCCCAAAAACCUCGCGCGCUUCCCCGCGCGGCGCCACGCCGACACCAUCGACCUCGUGACGCUGCCGCUCCCGCGCGUGGAGGGCCUCCCGAGGGCGCUGAGUCCACCAACGACGUCCCCGGCGACCGGCUCGAGCCGCUCUUCGAGGCCUUCGAUGGCCUCGCCGCGCCCUUCGCGGAGUUCCUGAGCGCCGACGAGGGCAACCGGCCCAGGCAGGACUGGAUCGUCGCCGACACGUUAACCCACUGGGCUGCCACCGUCGCCCUGCAGCACAAGGUGCCGUGCGCGAUGCUUGUUUCAUCCGCAGCCGUGAUAUCUGCCUUUGCAUGCGGCGCAAGGGACUGCACAGAGCUCGCCGCUGCCUCCAUAUUUGAGCAGCCGGCCUCUGUAGCUGUAGAAGAGCCACCGGCGGGCAUGCCGCGGUACGAGUGGAAAGGAACGUGA